UCUUUGGAUGUGACGUAAUUAGGAAUCCGCCAUGAUGGCAAUGGCACAGAAGCACAAAACAUGGUGAUUUGGCGCGAAGAAUGAUUUUCUGACAAUAUGGCGGAACAACUUGAUGAGCAGCAUAUGGAUAGCGAAAAUUUUCCUGCCUCGAAUCAAACGGUCAUCAAUGAGCCUUUAGCAGAUGGGAAACUUGCAGGAAAAUGGAAAUCAGUUAAUUGUAUUGUUGUUCAUGCCAAAAAGUGGCCCACUGUUGAAAGCACACAAACUGAAGACGUUUCAGGAAAGGUAACAAUGAGAGAGAUGAGAUGGCAAGCAGAUACACAGCACUACAUUUAUCGCAAACUGAUAAACGAAACCCAUGCAAUAUUCAAACAGUUGCAAUUGUUGCCCAAAGAUGAAGGACACUUGAUGAAAUCAACAAGGCUGAAAAUUAGUCGCCAGUACAGGUCGGUUCUUCAAUCAUGUAUUGUGGAGCUUCAACGAAAACUAAGCAAGGAGGACAACUUUGAAGAUGAAGAGAUGAAAUACCAGCUAGAGUUGUUGGCAAUAGUAGAAAUGUUUUGGCAUCUCUGUGAAAUAAUUCUUAUUGACACAAAGCCAGGAGGGUACUGCAUCACAGUUCUGUUAGAGUGGGUGAGGUGGCAUUUUACGAAGGCAGACAGAUUAGCGGAACAAGUUCUUUUUUCGGAUGAUCCUUCGUCACAUGAAAGUUUUUGGCCUGCUAUAUUGGGCUACGUCCUGCAAGGAAGAAUGACAGAAGCCAUGAAAUUGCUGCAACAUUUUGCAGACGAUUCUGAAGCUGCAUUUAAGGCUGUGAAAAGCAUGGAGGAGCUGAUGAAAUCUAUGCCGGAAUUCCAGGGCUUCACGGGACAAUAUGUUCAAGACUUCAACCAGAAAUGGUAUCACUGGAGGAAUGAAUGCGAGGGAAGAUUAGAGGAUGGCGAGUUUUCAGAACAUCCUCAUUUGGAAAGUAUUAGCAAGAUAUUUUGUGGUCAAGAAAGUGCUAUCGAGGAAAACAGUGAUCUUUGCCAGUCAUGGUACGAAAUACUUAUUGCUAAGUUGCUUUAUACCGAGGCAACAAUCAAGAAAACGGACCUUCACUCUCGAUCAUUGAGUGCAGUAGAAGCAAUUGGAGGCUAUGCUGCUCUUUCGCCACUCGAUGAAGUUGUUCUUGCCAUUUUGAAUUUUGAUGUCCACCGAAUGAUUCGCAAAUGCAGUGAAUGUUUACCAAACUGGUGGUUUGUUGCUCACAUUACAGACCUACUCCACCACUGUGGAAUGUUGAAGGAGCAUGACUUUGGCUGCAAUGUUCAUUUGAGAGAAUUUCUACUGCUUGACUACAGUCAAAGUUUGAUGUCCAAUCACAGUCUUUGGCAAGUAGCCGCUGAUUACCUGUCAACCUGUCCAACUCAAGGAAGGGCUCAGCUUGAAGUCUACAUUGAACAUGUCCCAUUGGAAAACGACCGAAAAGCGGCUAAGGUCCUGCGCCUGUGUGAACAAUAUGACCUCCUGGAACAAGCAAACGGUAUUUGCAAAGUAAUGGCAAUGCGAGCCAUGAAACAUGGAAGGCUCGGUGCAUCAUUGACUUGGUGCCUCAGAUCUAAAGAUUCCGUGUUUGCAAAUUUGCUGGCUGAAAAGAUAUUCACUCAGUACAUGGAGACUGGGACCCUCUCUGAUUUGGAUAUCAUCGAUAACCUUGGAUCUGCGAUGUUGCUUAGCGACAAACUGACAUUUUUGGGGAAAUACAGAGAAUUUCAUAAACUAUAUAACGAAGAAAACUUUCAAGAAGCGGGAAAGCUGUUGAUGCAACUGCUGUCAUCAAGUUUGGCUCCACAGAGGUUUUGGAUGACGCUGCUAACAGAUGCAUUGCCGAUGCUAGAACACGAAAAGAUAAUCUUCAGCAGCACUCAAACAUACGAAAUUAUGCAUUGCUUGCAAGAACUGCAAUUGUCUAUCAACUCGAAAGAAUACUUCGGUCAACUGCAUUGUGGCAAUAUUAACGAACAACAGGAUGAUGAAAAAGACAAACUGGCUCUUUUGAGGUUAGGACUUAGUAGAAAUCUUGCCCGUGUACUUCUUCAAGAAAAAUGUGCAAGCAGAUGACCUCAACUCUAAAAAGAGUACCUUGUAAGCUAAAAUACUUUAAACUAUGCAUUAAAUUGUUGAAUUUUUCCAAAGAUAUCUCUCGUAAAAGAAGGCAUUUUGUAUAUUGCAGAAACCAUCAGCUCAUUUGGGGCUAUAA